AUGGGUUUGAAGAACAACAUGGUGGUGCUAAAGGUGUGUUUGGUGCUACUUUUCCUUGUGGGGGGUACUACUAGUGCCAGCUUGAGGCUGAGUGAGCUUGGCCUGCUCAUGAAAAGUGAUCAUCAUCAACACUCAAAUGAUGAUGAGUCUUCAAAACCAUGCUGUGAUCAAUGCGCAUGCACAAAGUCAAACCCUCCUCAAUGCCGCUGUUCAGAUAUGAGGCUGAAUUCGUGCCAUUCAGCUUGCAAAUCUUGUAUUUGCGCAUUAUCGUAUCCUGCACAGUGUUUUUGUGUUGACAUAACCGAUUUCUGCUAUGAACCUUGCAAGCCCAGUGAGGAUGACAAGGAAAACUACUAA